UACCAAGAACACAUGUUUAUUUCAAUUUUUUUUUGAAUCAAAUCGUGAUUGAAGAAAAGAAAAAUGAAUAAUUUAAUUCGAUCGAAAAUCUGGCCAAUAUCAAAUAAAUUCUAUGAUGCAAGAAUAAUUUGUAAUAAUCUAAUAUGUCAACCUCAACGAUUUGAAUCAACAACAUAUUCUAAAUACGAUGCAUGGACCUAUCAACAUGAUCAAGAAGUACAUAAAGAUAGGCUAUAUCCAAAACCAAAACGUUGGCCAAAAUAUAAUGAAAUUAUACAUCCACCUGAACAAGGUCCUGUUGAAAAGUAUUAUUGUCAUCAUCGUGAAAAUAUAAAAUAUUCACCGAAAAAAAUGUUUUUCGUAGCCAGUUUUAUUCGUGGCAUGUCAAUCGAUGAAGCAAUCAAACAACUUUCAUAUGUUAAACUUAAAGGUGGUGCUAUUGUAAAGGAAAUCUUACAAGAAGCUCAAGAAAUUGCUGUUAAAGACCAUAAUUUUGAAUUCAAAUCAAAUAUGUGGGUUGCGGAAAGUUUUUGCACGAAAGGAAUUGUUUACAAAGGUUUUCGUAAACAUGCACGAAUGCGUUUCGGUGAAAUACGAUAUUUUCAUUGUCAUUAUUUUGUUAAAUUGGUCGAAGGCGAUGCACCAGAACAUUAUUAUCCAUCACAAGGACCAUAUCCAGAAAAAAUGACAAUCGAAGAAAAACUUGAACAACAUAUUGAAAAAUUACGUCAAAGGCGAAUUGAUUUUGCUUUGUAAUUGUUAUAUGUAAAUAAAUAAAUAAAUAGUUUUUUUAAUUGUU